AAAUAUCCAAUGUGAAUUGUCCAUUUUUCCUGUGCAUUGUUUCCUUUCUCAUUCUACUUGAGUGUAGGCCCCAGCUGCUCUAUCUCUAGUGAUUUUCAUGCUCUAUGCAUCUUUUUGAACUCUUUCUGUAUGCUGAAACAACUAUACAUGUAUUCAGUACUCUAGUAAAUUCUAGAUUCCUUACAAACUCCUCACCCUUUAAAAAGAUGAAACUACCAAUAUAGUUUGAAUCCUUCUGAAGCUGAGUCACACCACUCAAUUGAAAUUAUAAACCUAAAGCUGUGUUACAGAUAUGACACUAAGAGAUAUAUUAUAGAAAUGCUUGUUAUGUCUAAUUCUAACCCUAAUGUCUAACCAUUCAGCCCAGUGUGUGCCAAUUUAAAAUUUCUAUUUUAUCCUCUCAUCUGGGGGAUACAUGUCAAGCAAUAUGAAACAGAUUGGACCACAUCAGUACAAUAAUAAUAAUGAAAUCCAGGGAAACAAAGACACAAAAUACCCACAGUAGUGUUCACAUUUCUAAACAGGAAGGCACUGCUCUCCUGAUAGAGCUGCUCAGGAGAAACAGGUGAAUACAGCUCUCCAAACUGGAAACAACUGGGUAAGUGAGGUUCAUGUUCCACAAGGGACAAUAUGGAGACUGGAAGGAGUGACACAAAAGUGGUAUAUGAGUUUCAAAAUGAAAAUGACUUGAUACACCUAAAAGUAACUGACAACCAGAUGCAGUUAGUAUGCAAAAAAAGAAACCUGAUACUGCAAAUACCAUCACUAAGCAUUAGAUUUUUUCAAUCUACUGAAUACAAAUGCCCUAAUCAGUAUUUCAGACACAACAUAAAGACAAAUUUAUAAUACAACUAAAAAUCACAUGUACCUUACUGAAUGCAGGACACUAUGAAUCACUGGUUGUUCACCCAUGGUGUCCUUUUUCUGAGACCAGAAACUCGUUUCUGCAUCCUCCCGACAUAAGCAGAUAAACUUUGCCUUGUGCCAUGUAUCACUAGUUGUGUCAACUUAAAAAUUCAAUAUAAAUUUAAAAAUUCAAUUUAAAUUGCAAACAUUUUCUCUUCAUUAUCUAAGGGCCCGUGAACUUUAGAAAAGAUAAUGUGGGGUGGAUAUAAACUCUUAAUGUGCAUCUCAUAUUGAAAAUCUCUUGCUCAAUUAUUUAGGUGGCCUUAGUUUUUAAAUACCCCUAACUCUCCCAAGGGGCUGGCAUUAAAUUUGUGUACCAUCAUGUGUUUAUUUUACCCCAACACUGAAACCUUGAUGAAAUUUCAUGACAUAAAAUUGAAAACACUGAUGCAGGCAUGGUAGUGCAUUCCUGUAACCCUAGCACUACAGGGGAUGAUGCAUGAGACUCUCUUUACACUUUUUUUACUCUUUAUAUUUGCUUCACCUCAUGGUUUUACUCUACAAAAAUCCCUAAAAAAUACAGAAUCCUUAGCAAUCUACUUGGAAUCAUUUCUGUCUCUCUCUCAGACUGAAGUUUUCUUUAUCUUAAUAAAUACUUCUGGCCUUAACCUCUGUCGUUCAUAAAAUUCAUUCUUCAACUUAAGAGAACAUGAACUUGUACUGGACAUAUGGUAGGUUGCAAGUUUCAUUCCCCUCUAUCAAACCCAACAUUCAAAGUUCUGGCAAAGUCUCAAAGCUUCUUAGCACAUUGGACAAAGUGGUAACACCUCACCUCAAAACGCAACAAAAAUUUUGUAAAAAAUUUUUCAAAUUUGGGAGGAUUUAUGUAAGGGCCAAAAUUCUGAUGUCAGCCACUGGAAAAUAAGAAACAUCAUAUGUGUCUUGAAAUCUUUGGCAUCCAACAGAAACUCCUUCCCAUGAUACUUUAAUUGUGAUGUCCAACAUAAUUUCAAAACCUCCAAUACUAGAAUUUAAAUUUCCCAUCUUAAAUAAGAGAUGAUUAGGAGAGCUGAUCAGUAGACACAGAAGAAGCAAUGAUCUAUGACUAAGUUUCCCUGCUUUCUACAGGCCUGUGACCCAUUUCCUACUCUCAGACCUAGCAAGCAGACAAUGCUUCAGUGCAGUCAUACCAGGUCAAGCUCACCUCAGAAGUCCUUUAUCUUCUGGUUGCUGAUUGGGCCUAUAUUCACAUACCACUGCUUUCCCAUUUCUUUUCAGUCAUGCUGGCUCUUCUCAUUUAAAAAGAACUUGUGUUCUUAUUCUUUAAUACUCAUGCAGAUCCUGACUGUGUGAAUAUACCCCUACUUCAGCAAAAAUCCCAUCUCAGUGUUUCAAUUUUUUUGUGUUUUUUGAGACAGGGUCUCACAAUGCAGUUCAGGAUGUUCUUGAGCUCACUUCAUAAUCCAAGAUUGCAUUAAACUUGCAAAUAUGCUCCAGAACCAGCCUCCUGAGUGCUGGGAUUAAGGGAAUGUGCCACCAUGCCCACUCAGUGUUUCAGAUUUCAGCUUAAAAUGUAAGCACAGCCCAAAGGCUACAGCUAUUCCUUCAGAGGUGACAUAUUUCUAUUUCCACCGUCAUACUUAUCACAGCUCUACAUUUCCUGUAGACACCAAUUUGCUGUAUUUCUCAGUGUGGGGUUAACAGGCAGCACCUACAGGAAGUUGUUCUCUGCAGAAACUUCCCCCUCAGGAGCUAAAGCAUCACCAUCCCCCAAAUACUUCACAGCACUCUAAACUCUAUGAAACGCCUAGGUUCAGUAGUUUAAUAGUAAGUGUUGAUUUACUCACCUUAUACAUAAGGGUUAGUGAAAGUAUUUUGCCCGAGGACACCGUAGCAGGUGGGAAUUUGGGAGGUGGAACCAAGAGGCUCUAUCUUGAGGUCACCUUUCCCACCCCUAGGCAAUUUACCUGUGGCACCAAAUUAAUUCCAAUGAACUACCUGUGCAUCAGUAAUGGUCCUUCGGCUGCACCCCAAACCUAAGCUAUAUAUAUGCCCCCACACCACGUGUCGGGCAGAGAGAAUGCCAGACCCCAGAGGUCAUGGAGUCUCUCUCCACAUUCUUAAAAUAAAGGCUACUUUUAUUUCAUACUUCUUACCUUUUUAGCUGUGCCAAAAAUUCUAUCAGAUGGUUCCUGACCAGGAACGGCAGAUGAGAGACCUCUGGUGAGUCCCUGCCAUUCACAGACUGGACUGCAUACUGGAUUAAUUCCUCACUUUUCAAUACAAGUGAACUGCUAAACUUGUCACCGUUGGUUUGCAAACAACACAGGUCUAAUUCAUUUACCAUAGAUGAGCAAACUCCGGAGAUUACUGUGCACUGGGCCAGGCCCCAGGAGGGUUUCCUUCCCAUUGCCUGGACUCAAGUGGUGAUCUCACAUCCUUAGCCCUGAGGCAGAGCUUUUACUGUAAGCUUUCAUGUCCCAUACAGCCCCAGGCAAAGCCUUUAAGCUCUCACAAGUAGAGCCAUUACUAUAAUCCACAGGAAAUCCACUCGUGCCUUUGGUGACAACCAAAAAACAUGAGCUUCGGAACUGAUUGGUUAGGUGAUGACCUGACCUGGUUAGAUCAUGGUCCGUUGCCUCGCCUGAUUGACUUCACCGGCCAGGCCCCACGCUGGAUUUUCUUGUCUUGGGGACCACUUCCUGUCCCCCCCCCCCAAAAACCAUACCUAUUUAUACCUUAUCACACUGACGACAAGUUUGCAAAAACUCUCCAUCUUUGGGCCUUUGUUUUAAGAAUGUGUCCUCCUCCCUCUGCUCCUCCAGGAUCCCUCUACCUCCCCACACUUAGGAGAUAACUUCUUUCUUUACAGCCUUUCAAAGCUUUCUCAGCAUCCUCCUUUCCUCCCCACUUCACCCAUUUCUCAGUCCCUCCCUGCACUGUGUGCUGACUGCCUUUCCCACUGGGAUGGGGGAGGUGGCCUGGACAGUGUUGGGGGAGGUACACACGGACAGCGUUGGACUGCCCGCUGACAGUGCAGAUGGCACUGGCGGCGUAGGCGGGGCAUACACAGUGCGCACCAAUUGGCCCGGCCUAGGGGGCUGUUCUGGCCCCUCAUGCCCCACCCCAGCUCUGCACCCCACCUGCCCUGUGCGCCUGCCCACUCUGCGGGCACCCUGGGCGCUCUGCCCACUCUCCGUGUUCUGCCUCUGCCCUAUGCACUCCGUGUGUCUCCUGAGGAGUCCCAGCCCCGCCCCCAAGUGCAAGCAUGGCUCUGAGUGCCAGCACUGCUCUGAGUGGCAGCUUGGAAGAGGAUACAAUGGGUUGCUGUGGGAGAAAAAGGGGCCAAUUCUUAUUUCAAGAGAUCUCUAAGUCAUUGUUGCUGAUCUGAUGGUAUAUUCAUGCUUUCAAACAUAAAAUUGAGAUACAAAACAGACAACAUGAGUAAGCCAGUCAAAUAAUUUUUAAACAAAAAUUUAUCUAAUGUAUGAUGACAAAAGUCUUCUUUAAGAUCCAGACAUAUGCUUAGAGAUGUUUCACAAAUUUCUUCAGUGUUCAAAUUUUAAAACACUCAUAAGUGAUAGCCAUUUAAUGUUCUAUGUUAAGCUUACUGCCUAUAUUGCACUGUACUGUUAUCAAUCUUGUUGAUGUUUAACAACUGAAAUUAAAGGAUGAUUAUAAGUUCUUUUUGGAUUCCUUUCCUGAGAACCACUAGAUCUUUUCCAUAAAUAAGGUUAUAUGAUGCAUGCAAAACAAGGAGACCAACAAUGAGGCAGAGGCCAUACUUGAGCCUUUCCACCUGCCCUGGCUCCACCCUCUGCUGAUCCAUAUGGCGUUAAAUGACACCAUAGCUGAUUUCUCUCCUACAUAAAAAGGUAAAAUUAAUAAAACAGGCCAUCCUCCAAAAAUCAGAUGGCAUUAGACAUUCUAACAGCAUAAAUACAUACUUAUAUUUGACAAAUAAAUGACAUGUCAGUUCCUAAAAUUCCCUAGACCUUCUCCUCCUUAUGGGAAGCCAUUACUAAAGUUAUAAUCAUAAAUACUCUGUUUAUUGUAUUAUUUGACUCCUGCACACUUAAUUAAUUCCACAGAUACCUUUUACUGUGGACCAGAUCCCAAAGCAAAAGGCUAAACUUGGCCCUCAGACCCCACAGGGAAAAUUUCUUGAUAUGGCUUUUUUUGUGUUUUCAACAACAGAGAUAAAAAAUAACAACCUGAUCUUUUAGCAGUGACACUUGGAACUCUGAUACAGUUAAACCGACACAAGGUAGAGCUGCUUGAGCCCCCAUAGACCAUUCUUCAAAUGCAGCAGAAGGACACUGGGCAAGAGAGUACCCCAUCCUGGCAUUCCUUUGGGGUCCUACCCCAGGGCUAGCUGGACUGUUCUAGCUACCAGAGAGUGGGUAAGCAAUCCUAACUUCUAACCCUCAUAGGAAAUGCCAUCACUGCCAGAUUCAUCACUGAUAGAUCUGCUUGGUCUUGCUGCUGAAGACUGACGGGGCUCGGGGUCCACAGCCUCCAUUAAGGUGUCCUUCUCAGAGUCCCAAGUCCCCACUAAAAGUCUCAGGAGACAGUGACCUUUGAGGAUGUAGCUGUGAACUUCACCCGAGGAGAGUGGGAUUUACUAACCCCAUCCCAAAAGAAGCUAUACAAAAGUGUGAUGUGGGAAAAUUAUAUGAAUAUUACUGAAACAGGAAAAAUAUGGAAUAAUCAGCAAAUUAAAGAAGAGGACAAAAAUUGCUUAAGAAAUCUAAGAUAUGAUGAAGACAAUUACUUGAGAAUGGAAAUGCAACAAUAUAAGUAUAAUGAAGAUGUAGAUACCUUCAGUGAUUUCCAGGCAUUUCAAAUGCAUGAAAUGAAUAAGACUGGAGAGAGCCUCUGUCAAUAUGGAGAAUGUGUCAAGGACAGUUUUGAUCUUAGGGAACAAACUCACCCUGGGCAAGAAAACAUUGUCGGUAAGAAAUAUGUGAAAGCCUACACAAUACCUGUAAGUGUUCAAAUCCAUGAAAGAAAUCACAUUUCAAGGAGCUUACAUGUGCACAAACACUGUGAGAAUAGUUCUAUUUCUUUAUACCAUGUUGAAAAAGAUGUUAGUAAAUAUGGUGGAGAGAAAUACCAUGUUACUGAGAAAUGUGCGAAAGCAUUGUCUUGUAGUAACUCCUUUAAAAAACAUGUAAAACUUCACAUUAGAAAGCAACAAUAUGAAUGCAAGGUAUGUGGGAAAACAUUCAGCACACACAGUAACUGUCAAAGACACAAAAGGAUUCACACUGGGGAGAAACCAUAUGUAUGCAACCAAUGUGGGAAAGCAUUCAUAAGUGCCUCAAAACAUAAAAUGCAUGAAAGAACUCACACUGGUGAGAAAUCAUUUCUGUGUAAGCAAUGUGGGAAAUGUUUCACUCAAAAUUCUUCCCUUAUUGUUCAUGAAAGAAUUCAUACUGGGGAGAAACCCUAUGUAUGCAACCAAUGUGAGAAAGCAUUCAUGAGAGCCUCAGAACGUAUUAUACAUGAAAGAACUCACACUGGUGAGAAACCAUUUGUGUGUAAGCAAUGUGGGAAAUCUUUCAAUCGAAAUUCUUCCCUUAUUGUUCAUGAAAGAAUUCAUACUGGGGAGAAACCCUAUGUAUGCACCAAAUGUGGGAAAGCAUUCAUGAGAGCCUCAGAACGUAAUAUACAUGAAAUAACUCACACUGGUGCGAAACGAUUUGUGUGUAAGCAAUGUGGGAAAUCUUUCAAUCAAAAUUCUUCCCUUAUUUAUCAUGAAAGAGCUCACACUGGGGAGAAACCCUAUGUAUGUAACAAAUGUGGAAAAACAUUCAUGACAGCUGUAGACCGUAAAAAGCAUGAAACAACUCACACUGGUGAGAAACCAUUUGUGUGUAAGCAUUGUGGGAAAUCUUUCAUUCAAUCUUCUUCCCUUAUUUAUCAUGAAAGAAUUCAUAGUGGGGAGAAACCAUUCGUGUGUAAGCAAUGUGGGAAAUCUUUCAAUCGAAAUUAUUCCCUUAUUAAUCAUGAAAGAAUUCAUUCCGGGGACAAACCCUAUGUAUGCAAAAAAUGUGGUAAAGCAUUCAUGAUAGCCUCAGAAUAUAUUAUACAUGAAAGAACUCACACUGGUGAGAAACCAUUUGUAUGUAAGCAGUGUGGGAAAUCUUUCAAUCGAAAUUCUUCCCUCAUUUAUCAUGAAAAAAUUCAUUCUGAUGAGAAACCCUAUGUAUGCAAUCAAUGUGGGAAAGCAUUCUUGAGAGCCUCACAACGUAAUAUACAUGAAAGAACUCACACAGGUGAGAAACCUUUUGUGUGUAAGCAAUGUGGGAAAUCUUUCAAUCAAAAUUCUUCCCUUAUUGAUCAUAAAAGAAUUCAUACUGGGGAGAAACCAUUUGUGUGUAAGCAAUGUGGGAAAUGUUUCACUCAAAAUUCUUCCCUUAUUGUUCAUGAAAGAAUUCAUACUAGGGAGAAACCCUAUGUAUGCAACCAUUGUGAGAAAGCAUUCAUGAGAGCUGUAGACCGUAAAAAGCAUGAAACAACUCACACUGGUGAGAAACCAUUUGUGUGUAAGCAAUGUGGGAAAUCUUUCAUUCAAUCUUCUUCCCUUAUUUAUCAUGAAAGAAUUCAUACUGGGGAGAAACCAUUUGUGUGUAAGCAAUGUGGGAAAUCUUUCAAUCGAAAUUAUUCCCUUAUUAAUCAUGAAAGAAGUCAUUCCGGGGACAAACCCUAUGUAUGCAAAAAAUGUGGUAAAGCAUUCAUGAUAGCCUCAGAAUAUAUUAUACACGAAAGAACUCACACUGGUGAGAAACCAUUUGUAUGUAAGCAGUGUGGGAAAUCUUUCAAUCGAAAUUCUUCCCUCAUUAAUCAUGAAAAAAUUCAUUCUGAUGAGAAACCCUAUGUAUGCAACCAAUGUGGGAAAGCAUUCUUGAGAGCCUCACAACGUAAUAUACAUGAAAGAACUCACACUGGUGAGAAACCAUUUGUGUGUAAGCAAUGUGGGAAAUCUUUCAAUCAAAGUUCUUCCCUCAUUAAUCAUGAAAAAAUUCAUAUUGGGGAGAAACCCUAUGUAUGCAACCAAUGUGAGAAAGCAUUCACAAGAGCUGGAGACUGUAAAAAGCAUGAAAGAACUCACACUGGUGAGAAACCAUUUGUGUGCAAGCGAUGUGGGAAAUCUUUCAAUCAAAAUUCUUCCCUCAUUAAUCAUGAAAAAAUUCAUUCUGGUGAGAACCACUAUGUAUGCAAUCAAUGUGGAAAAGCAUUCCUGAGAGCUUCAGAACAUAAAAUACAUGAAAGAACUCACAGUGAUGAGAAUCCAUUUGUGUGCUAGCAAUGUGGGCAAUAUUUCAAUCAAAAUUUUUCCCUUAUUCACCAUGAAAUAAUUGAUACAGGGGAGAAUCCCUAUGCAUGCAACAAAUGUGUGAAAUCUUUCAUGAGAGCCUCUGGCUGUAAAAAGCCUGAAAGAACUCACACUGGUGAGAAAUCAUUUGUGUAUAAGCAAUGUGGGAAAUCUUUUAAUUGAAAUUCUUCCCUUAUUAAUCGUGAAAGAAUUCAUACUGGGGAGAAACCCUAUGUAUGCAACAAAUGUGUGAAAUCAUUCAUGAGAGCCUCUGACUGUAAAAAGCCUGAAAUAACUCACACUGCUGAGAAACCAUUUGUGUGUAAGUAAUGUGGGAAAACUUUCAAUCAAAAUUCUUCCCUUAUUGAUCAUGAAAGAAUGCAUAAUGGGGAGAUACCAUACGUAUGCAAACCAUUGAGAAUCUUUCACUCAAAAUUGUAGCCUUAUUACACUUGAAACCAUACGUAUGCAAACAAUUGAAAAUUUUUCACUCAAAAUUGUAGCCUUAUUACACAUGAAAGAAUUCACACUAGGGAAAAACCCUGUAUACAUAUGUAUACAUGUAGGAAAUCACUGAUGAGUGCCUAUCAAUGUAAAGUACAUGAUAGAGUUCACACUGGGGAGAAAUUUUUUUAAUGUAAGCAUUGUAAGAAAUCUUUCUGUCAAAGCAUUAACCUUAUUAGACAGUAAAGAAUUUACAACAGGUAGAACCUCUAUACAAACAAUGUGACAAACAUCAGUAUGCAGAUGUACUGAAAAUAAAUACUAUCCAUCUAUGUAAGCAAUUUGGCAUGUCUUUCACUUAUAGAAAUAGCUUUUGUGUCUAUAAAAUAAUUCAUUCUGCAGAAAAAUUCUAUCUAUAUGAGAAACAUUUAAAUGAAUUUUUUGAUAAAUUCUUACUUUUUAAACAUAAAAGGUCCCACAUUGGGAAGAAACCCUGUGAAUAUAAGGAAUGUACGAAAACUUUCCACAACCAAUAAGAUUUUCACUACAUGAAAUAACUCUCUCUGUGUAGUAAUUCUUUACAUUUAAACAAUGGUGGGUAUCAUUUCAUCAGUACACAAAACUGCCAUCAAAUAAAUAAUUAUGCAUGCAAAGAAGAAACCCUGUGUAUGUAGGCAGCGUGGAAACAAUUUUUGUAAUGUUUUUCUUUUGCAAACAUAAGAUUUCCAUCAUACUAGGGUAAAGCUGCAUGUAAGAAAUAUUUGGUAAAUGUUCCAUUGAUAGAGCUGCUAACUUUCUGAGUGAUGUCAUAUUAUGUCCUGAGCCUAUCUUUGCAAUGUGAGCAAGUAUUAGGUAUACACAGUUAUUAUCAAAUGUCCAAAAAUAGUCAUAGUUAAGUGAAAUCAUACAUAUCACAUGAGACUACUUGGAAAAUACUUUGAAAAUUACUCAAGUGGAGGAGACUGUAAAAAUAAUAUAAAAUUAUUGCUUUCAAUGUAUGUUCAUAGAUUUUUCUGAAAACACCCUCAAACAGAAGUGUUCUAAAAUGUUUUCAUUUCUUUUUUUUAUAAAUCAUACAUAAAUAUUUGUCUGUAGGUUUAAUAAAAAUUAGUUUUUAAAGAAAAA